CAAGUUCUAUUCAUACUUUGACCAAAUUGCAGCAUGUGAAAAUUCAGAAGAAAUUUAUCACUAUUUUCUCUUUUUAAAAAAUUUCAACGAAGAAAAAAUGUGUUCCAGAGAAAUAGUUACAUUACAGUUAGGUCAUUAUUCAAACUUUGUUGGCACACAUUGGUGGAAUAUACAGGAUUCUUCUUUCUUGUACAAUCCAACAGAAGCACAACAGAAGGAGAAAGAAGUGGACCAUGAUAUUUUAUGGAGAGAAGGAAGAACCCUCAAAGGGGAAAUAACAUUUACCCCACGACUGAUAGCAGUGGAUCUGAAAGGGAGUCUGAAUACCUUAAAACAAGAAGGGGUCCUGUAUGAAACAAAUCAGCAGGAAGAUAUCAAAUGGAGUGGUGAUAUCACACUUCAUAAGUCAACCCCAGCAGAAAAGAAUGCUUAUUUAACAGAACUGGAAAAAGAGGACCAAGCAUUAUUAGAAGACAAAGGAAAACUGCCAGGCACUUCAGACAUAAUAUAUGACGAUGUAGAAAUGAAAGAUUCCUCUUCUAGUACAACAAAAGGAGAGAGGACUAGUGAUACCCCUGUGGUUUUUGGUAAAGUAUUUCACAAUCUGGAUGAUGUGGUGAGAGUUUGGUCGGAUUAUCUCCGAGUUUAUCUUCAUCCAAAGACAAUCCACAUUAUAGAACAGUUCAGCCAUUUAAAUAGCCUCCAUCCGUUUGACGUACACGGAGCUGGACAGAAAGCUUUAGAAGAUCACGAGGCCAGAAAGGAAUUGGAAGACAGGAUUCACUAUUUUUGUGAGGAAUGUGACAGUUUACAG